GUGAAAAAGGAACACCCAAUAUGUUUAGUUAAAGGAAAAAUUUGCCUUGAACACAAAGUACGUAGCAAAGCUUAUUGCGUUACUCUUGAGGUUGAAGGAGAAGACAAGGUUAUUGACAUUAAAUGUCACGAUUGUGCUGCAGCUGCAGGUGGAUGUAAACAUGCUUUAGCUUUUCUAAUGUGGGUUCAUCGAAGGAGCGAAGACCCUGCCCCCACAGAAAUUGCUUCUUACUGGCAGAAACCACGCAUGGCAAGUAUAGGCUCUACAACAAAAUUUGUUGCUGCCAGUCAGUUUUGGUCAGCAAAAAGUUCGGUUGCGGUUACAACAUAUCCCAAUAAUCAGCUGUUUUUUAAUGACCUUAUAGAGAAGGCAAAGAGUGAACAGAUAUACAGCCAAAUUUCAAAAUAUAAUUUUGAAAUAGAGGCAGAUCAAUUUAAUAGACUAUCAAUUCAUAAAUUAUUACUAAUGUUUAAAAAUAAUGGGGGAGUACAUUAUAGAGAUUUUGUGCAAUUUAUGUCGAGUGAAAUGAAUGAUAAUGUAGUAAAAAUUGCUGAAGAUGCUACGAAAGGACAAAGAAAAUCUUCAUUAUGGUACGAAUUAAGGUAUGGCAGGAUAACUGCAUCAAAAAUUUAUGAAGCAGGUAAUUGCAAAACAUCGGAUGGAACAUUAGUCGAAACCAUAAUAGGAGCCCAUAAAAUAAGGGAGACAAGAGCUAUGAAACGAGGAAUUAAAUUAGAAAAAGAAGUUUUAAGACGUGUGGAAGAGGAAUUGAAAAUAAAAUUAAAACCAUGUGGCAUCAUUUUGAAACGGGAAUAUCCAAUUUUUGGAGCAUCACCUGAUGCUAUAGCGGAUGAUUUUGUGGUCGAAAUAAAAUGCCCAAGUAGUGUAAAGGCUUUAUCAAACUAUAUAAAAGAUGGCUUAAUCGUAAAUAAGUACAAAGCUCAA